UAAGGAUUUUCCCCAAAUUCCAGCCAGUGACUGUUGAGCCAUCAUCCUGUCAAAAUGAGUCAAUCCCUUGAAGCAAUCUGAGCCGUUGGAUCUUGAUCCUCUCACUCAACCCCAUAUCGGUUGCACCGCCUAAUUGCUCUUCCGUUCCAAUUCAGCUCAACCCAAAUCCCCUAAUAGCCGAAACGAAAACACAAAUUCUAUUGCUUCAACGUUUACCUUCAUAUUAUAUUAUAUUAUAUAUACAGAGAUAGAGAAGCAGCAAGUUACAAGUUUCUGAUAGCAAAAAUGGCUGACCACUCUGAUGAUUUAGACCAACUUCUUGAUAGUGCUUUGGAUGAUUUCCAGAAUCUCAACCUCACCCGUCCUCCUCAAAAGUUAGGUGGAGGAGAUGGUGAAGGAAAGAAGCAAGAAUCUGGUUCUUUACCAAGUGGGGUUCAAGGGUUAGGGAUGGGUUUACCUGACUUGAAGAGCAAGAAAAAGGGAAAGCAAAAGGUUUUAAAGGAAUCCCAUGUCACUGAGGCUCUUGAUAAACUCAGAGAACAAACCAGAGAGACUGUAAAGGGACUGGAAUCAAUGUCGAAACCUGGUGCCGAUGAUUUUGGUAAGGAUGCAAUGAUGGAGGAUUGGGUCAAGCAGUUUGAGGAGCUUGCUGGAUCUCAGGACAUGGAAUCGAUUGUGGAGACUAUGAUGCAACAACUUUUAUCUAAGGAGAUUCUUCAUGAACCUAUGAAGGAAAUUGGAGAAAGAUACCCGCAAUGGUUAGAAGAGCACAAAGCUAAUUUGAGUGAAGAAGAAUAUGAACGUUACUCCCGCCAAUAUGAGCUGAUAAAGGAGCUUAAUGGAGUUUAUGAAAAUGAUCCUAAUAACUUUACCAGGAUUGUUGACCUGAUGCAAAAAAUGCAAGAGUGCGGUCAGCCACCAAAUGAUAUUGUGCAAGAGCUUGCUCCUGAAUUUGAUUUAUCCAAUCUUGGCCAGCUAUCCCCAGAGAUGCUCAAUUCACAGCAGAACUGUUGUAUAAUAUGAGGCAAUAUCCUGUGGCAGACUAUGUUUCUUUCUUUUUAUAGAUAUUCUUUCUAAGUUUUUGGGAAAUAAAGUUUCUUUCCUUCAACUUUUUAAGUUAAUUGAUCCUUCAAGAAAUGACAUGCUCAAUAUUUUUAUCCUA